GCAAACAGAAAUCAUUCUAAGGAAUUAAAAUAACCCAAACAUGAGAUUUUAAAAAAGAUCAAAACCUUCAAAAUUAUUGGAUUCAGGUUGGACGUUUGCAGUUUAAAGUAAAAGCGCGCACACACGACCACAACUUGAGCAUUAGCCUAAAGGGGAUUUAAUAAUGAAGCAGUCUCCCUUCAAAGCCAUGCAGACAGUUGAGAUAGAGGUCCCUUCUGUGAGAGAGCGAUUUUUUCGAACUCCCUACAAAGAGAGAAAGAGAAGCACCUCCCUGGGCUUUGAAAAGCAGCCUAUUAGCCCAUUGUGGCAGUCUCCUCCGCCAACUGCAGGAGCCAUCUACAGGCACAGGAGCAGCACUGAGCAUGUCCCUAAGGAACCAGCUGCCAGCAGCCCAUUAUGCAGCGCGUUCGCUCGAGCAGAUGGGGGAGAGCAAGAACAGGCAUUUGUUUCCCUUGCAUCACCCUCCUCCUUGCUCUCGUCACCGGAAAGCAAGCCUGGAUUACUAAACAGAAUCUCACCCAGAGGCAAAGCAAAGAGCAUCAAUCAGCAUGGCUUGAUUGCCAAAGGAGUACGUUUGCUAAAAAACAUGGGGAAUCAAGAUGGGAAGCUUAAAAAAGCUGCAGGAGAAGGUAAUGAAGGAGCAGAUGAUGCAGGGGUGCUCAAGGAUGCUGAUGGCUCCAAGAAAGGAUUGCAGGGGAAAAAGGCACUUGGCAAGCAUGGCAAAGGAGGGGAAUCAAACAAAAAGAGGUCCAAAUCGGAGUCAAAAACGUCUAUGUUUUCAAAUAUCCGCAUCCGAAAGAACCAGUCUAAGGCUAAAGAGAUCCUGGGUGGCUCAAAGGAAGACGUGUUGGCAAGCCAGGCCUCACAGGCUGAGGAGCUGGAUAGCGCACAUUCUAUCAGGACCAAAACCCCCGACCUGAGCCUCUCCGCAGAUGAACUGGGCCUAUCGGACACAGAAGCUGAGCCUUUCCGCCUCACUGUUGACAGCCAGCGGCAGGCUGCUGUGGAAACGCAGAAUGGACAAAGAGCAAGCUCAGGCUCUGACACGGAUAUCUAUAGUUUCCACUCGGCUGCUGAACAAGAGGAUUUGCUUUCUGAUAUACAGCAGGCUAUUAGACUGCAGCAGGGGGUUAUUAUUUCGGCAGCUGCCGAGCUGAACUGGAAGACUGAGAGUAAUGCUACUCCGCAACCCCAGGAAUCUGAGCAGGUGCAGCUACCGAUGGUGAUAUCUGGCAAUCUGAAUGGCCUAGACAACGAGCAGCACUUACAGGUGCUGAACAGAGUGAAUGAUAACCUGUCUACGGGUGGUACGACUGAUGACUUCCAGGGGAUUUUGGCCGAGGACAAACGUCCAUGUACUUUAUUUGAGACAAAGGCACAUGAACCUUUGACUGCGAGCCAGCACUCGCUUGAAUCUGACACUAACGGGAAAGGUGGGAGUUCUGUUGCCAGGACAACAAAUACCAACAGCCCCUCUGAUUUAACUGUAUCGUUCACAAGUGCAGAUGGCUCUCCAGAGGGCAACACCGUGUUAGUAUUAUCAGACUGUCUGACAGAAAGCUGCACUGAUUCCACUGAUAACGUUGCUGGAGAGGUAUGUGUCAAUGGCAGAGCCCCGCGGUUUGAAACUGAAGCUUUCAAUAAUAAUGUGAAAGGCAGUGUGGAGGACCUGGGCAAUGGCAUUGCAUUUCCACAUCGAAAAAGCAGCAUACCUUUUGCGGCACUGGCCUCUGACAGUCCACUCCUGGCAUCCAAACUUUUCAGGCCCAACUUGAAUUCAGUUUCAUCCCCAAUCGUAAAAGCAUUUCCGCCAGUGCAUCCCAGUUACAUUAAAACAACCACCAGGCAGCUGAGCUCUCCAAACCACUCUCCUUCCAUCUCGCCGGUGCAGAGCCCGCUCUUUCGACGGAGGCAUUAUGAUCCUAGUUACAGGCCUGAGAAGAGAAGAAUUAAGAAGCAAAGGUCCAGCAGCAUUGCUGGGAUUCUCAGCCGUUCGGCAGACUGGACGGAGGAACUGCCGAGGUUCAAAACCCAAAAAGCUGGCUCGGCAAACUACCUGGAAUAUGGAGGCUCUGAGGAGCGGCUGAGAGGAGGUAGCCAGCCUUUAUGCCCAACCCGCAAGUCUUCAGGUGUGCAAGCCUCUACGUGCAGCUUUCACGAUGUGUUCUCAGGGCGGACUUUGUUGGAGAAAUUCUUCAGUCAGCAGAAGGAUGCACCUGAAGAGGAAGCAGAGAAGCUUUGUUCACGCAUCUUAGCCAUGGGCUUAUUAUUGCCAUUUAGUGAUUGCUUUCGGGAACAGUAUGGUGAGAGUACGACUCAGGUUUCUCCUAAAUUUGACCAAGACCAGCUUUACACCUGGGCGGCAGUUAGUCAACCGAAGCACUCUUUUGACCAUUCGGAGGGUCGCAUUCCAGGGAAGAUUCAUACAAUGUGGCCUCCAAAAUCAGAAGCUGAAGAAAGGCCAGGACUUAAAUACACUGAAGCAGUAGAGGAUGAGGAAGAGCAUCAAGCUGUUGUCUUGGGUUUCAAAAAACUUCAGAAGGAAGAAAUGGUUGAGUUUCAGGAAGAAUCAAUGCUGAAGUCGGUUCAGCUCAAGGAAGAACAUGUCAAUGUUAUUCAGCAACUUGAGCAGACCAUUGAAGAUUUAAGGACAAAAAUAGCAGAACUAGAGAAACAGUACACUCCUCUAGAGAGGGAUGUAAACACAACAGAUCAAGUGUUUGGGGAUGAAGAUGUAACUGUUAAAUGUGUUUGUGACGUUGAUCUUCAAAUAGAAGAAAGGACAUUUCUUAGUAGUUUGCAGGCAAAAUCUGUACAGACUUCUCCUGUUGAUGAUGCAUAUAAAGUGCCUUUAGUAGAUGAAGCAUCUUCGCCUGUUCCACAGCUUCCAUUAAAUCUAAAUUCAGGGUCAUCUUCGUCUCCGCAGAUAUCUGAGGCACUAACAUAUCAUUCUGAAAUUUCUGUUUUAUUGACCCCAAAGACAUCCCUUGGUCAUGUUUGCACCUGCCAACAACAGCAGCAACAACAGUGUAUACCGCCUUUUAAUUUAGAAGAAAGAGAUCUUCCGCCCCCACCGCCACUGCCAGAUUAUCUAAUGUGUUCUGAUGGCACUGUACCCACACAGACUCCUUGUUUGUCUGACAAUCUUAAACUGAUGCCACCUCCCCCUCCCCCCUUACCGGGAAGUAUACCACCACCACCACCACCACCUCCUCCUCCUCCUUUGCCUAAUGUUCUUGUACUGGGUCAUGGCUCAUAUCCUUCGCCUCCACUGCCAGGAAUGGGGCCACCACCUCCUCCGCCACCACCUCCUCUUCCGGGCAUGGGUCCUCCACCUCCUCCACCGCCACCUCCUCUACCGGGCAUGGAGCCUCCGCCGCCACCUCCUCUGCCAGGCACGGGGCCCCCUCUACCUCCACCGCCACCUCCUUUUCCAGGCACGGGACCUCCUCCUCCUCCUCCUCCACCACCUCCUGGCAUUGCAGGACAUCCUUUGGUGCCUGGUCCUCCUCUUCCUCCUCCAGGUGGAUUUGGAUCUCUUCCACCUUUAGUUCCACCUGGGUUGUUUGUAUUAGGAUUGGGAAUAGACAAAGGAGCAAGGAAAGAGAUGGUUGAACCCCCACGUCCAAUGAAGCCACUCUACUGGACAAGGAUACAACUUCAUGCAAAAAAGGAACAAAGUGGAUCUAUGAUAUGGGAGAAAAUUGAAGAACCACCCAUUGAUUUUAAUGAAUUUGUAGAUUUGUUUUCCAAAACUGCUGUUAAAGAAAAGAAGAAACCACUGUCUGAUACUUACUCGAAAACGAAAGCUAAGCAGGUAGUCAAGCUCUUAAACAAUAAGCGGUCUCAAGCUGUGGGAAUUCUGAUGUCCAGCCUUCACCUGGAUAUGAAAGAUAUACAGCAUGCGGUUUUGAACUUGGACAAUGCUGUGGUUGACCUGGAGACCCUUCAAGCUUUGUAUGAGAAUAGGGCUCAACAAGAAGAAAUGGAUAAAAUAGAAAAGCACAUCAAAUCUUCAAAAGAAAAAGAGAGCGCAAAACCAUUGGAUAAACCAGAACAGUUUCUCUAUGAACUCGCACAAAUACCAAAUUUUUCUGCAAGAGUCUUUUGCAUACUUUUUCAGUCAACAUUUAAUGAAAGCAUUGCCUCAAUUAUAAGAAAACUUGACAUUCUUCAGAAAGUCUGUUCAACCUUAUACAGCACUAAUAGUGUCAUGAAGAUCCUUGGUUUGGUCCUAGCUUUUGGUAACUUUAUGAAUGGUGGAAACAGAACCCGAGGGCAAGCAGAUGGUUUUGCUUUGGACAUCCUCCCAAAACUCAAAGAUGUAAAAAGUAGCGAUAACAGCAGAAGUCUCUUGUCAUACAUUGUAUCAUACUAUCUGAGACAUUUUGAUGAGGAUGCUGGGCGAGACAACUGCAUCUUUCCACUUCCAGAACCUCAGGACCUUUUCCAGGUUUCUCAGAUGAAAUUUGAAGAUUUUCAAAAAGAUCUGCGCAAACUGCGGAAAGACCUUCAAGCCUGUACAACUGAGGCAGAUAAAGUUUGUCGCCUUUCCUCAGAAGAGCAUUUACAGCCAUUUAAAGAAAAGAUGGAUGAAUUUCUUAUUCAAGCUAAAGUUGAUCUGGAGGCUGAAGAAAAGCAGUUGACUGAUGCACACAAAAGCUUUUUGGAACUGACAAUGUACUUUUCUGUAAAACCCAAAAUGGGAGAAAAAGAAGUGUCUCCGAAUACAUUCUUCACAGUUUGGCAUGAAUUUUGCACAGAUUUUAAGGAUUUGUGGAAAAAAGAAAACAAACUUAUCUUACAAGAAAGGCUACGAGAAGCUGAAGAAGGUUUUCGGCAGGCAAAAGAAAAAGCGUCCUACAACGUCAGGCCAAAACACGACUCUGGAAUAAAAGCCAAACUGAGCAUGAAAAUUUAAUUUUUUAGAACAUUUCAGAAAAACUCAAGUCCUACUUUUGAAGGGCACUGAUACCAUGAGGAAAUGGAAACAUUGGCACUUCUCCUUCUUUUGUUUGUUUGUUUGUUUGUUUUGUUACGAAUAAUGAUGUUUUUAACUAGAGAGUUAUUAAGAUGUCCUAAACCUUUAAAGACAAGAGUCUGACAUCUUCAGACAGCCAAUGCAGAGUACACAGCAGCGAAUGCUGAAGCCAAACUGACGUAGCGAUGAGGAGGACUGUGUUCUAACCGAUAAUUCUUCUUGUUGCUGCUACUUGGGUUCUCUCAUCACAGACUCCAUGCAACUGACUUCUCUUCGAUGCAGAUUAUACAAUUCUUCCUAAUGCUAAAGUGAUUUAACAGCUUGAUUUGCAAUGUCAUUGGACAUUUUAAGCAAUAUUUAUGACUUAGUGGUAGCCAAUUCAGAUCAAACGCCUCAUCCUUGUUAACUGAGUGGUAGAUUUUUUUUUUUUUCUUCUUUUUUACUUUACAAAAAUGCAUGUACAGUAAGUAACAAAUGACAUAUCACAACAGAGGGAUGUCAAGGCAUCUGUGCUGAAGAUUAUAAAGAUGCAUUAUUUCCUCAAGUUUAUGAUGAGUAUUAAGAGCGCUGUGAUCCUUUCUGUUUUUUAAAGUUGCCACUGUAUUUGUUAGGUGGGUGAAGUCGUAUCUUUCAAAGGCAGCCUUUCACAUUCAGUGUCAUGUCGCUCAUUUCCUAACUUGCACCGCAGAUCGAGGCUCAGGUUUUAGGAUUCAUUUUGGAAUAUACUAUGUCUCAUGGAAUUUAACAGUUUUUUUUUUUUUUAUGCAGUCUAGUACAGCGCAACAGGAGUCUAUGGAGAUGCCGAAUCUCUAACUUCAGUGCACUUUAUUGCUGAAAGGCCUCUGAAGGGUUUCCAAAGCUCAUUUGUGAUCUCAAGUCAAAAGAGAGAAACAUUUCAGUGUGUGUAAUAUGAGUAGAUUCUUGAAAGUGCUUUUCAUGUAUUAUAACAUUCUUGUUUAUUUUUAUGAAGUAUUAAGUAUCUAAUCACAUAUUGCACAAACGUAUGAAAUUAACUUCAAAAAAUUCUGAGCCUUUUAUUUAUGAGCUUAAAAAGUUACCUUAAAUGAGCUCCAGAUAAAAUCCCAACAUGUCAGCCCUUAUUUUAAUGAUAACCAUAUCAGUUAUUUGAUAUCCAUCAGUACAGAAACGUUCCUCUGAAUCACAUCAUGCCUUUUAUUUUUGUCACCGUUGAUGAAGGGAAUAAUUUGUUGGGCACAGUGAAACACACAAAAAAAAAUGAAACUAUUUCUCUUUGUUUUACAAUCCACCUGUCACCUUCCCAACAAGCAGGACAUAAAGCUGAGAUGUUAUUCUAUUGACUGCAACAGAAAAUAUUAUUUUGUUGCAAAGAACUGUUUCCUUGCAUAGGAAUGUAUUAUCAAACUCUAUUUUCUAUAAAAUAUUUUUUUUAAUCAAAGUGCUGUUUAAAAAAAAAAAUACAGAAAUGGAUUUAGUAAAUAAAUUGAUAGUCUGGCCAAAAUGAUGUUUCUUACAAUGACGAAGAAAGGUCUGUGUGCUGAUUGAGCGAGCCAGAAGAGCUUCACUUGCAUUUGCCUGGCUGAUUGUUUUUUUUGUUUGUUUUUUUUUUUUUGUUUUCUUCUUUAACAAAAGAUGCCUAAAAGAUUUUGUAUUUGUGAUCCCACAAAAGCAGCGCAGUAUGCAGGGCGUGGGGUUGUAUGUGCUGUACAGUAGACGUGAAGGCUGGGACUGGUGUCCACAGAUUCUCUCUCCAUGGUGCCCUUUUGUUUUCAGUCAAAGACGGUUUUUGUAUGACUUAUGUCUUCUGGAAGACCACAGGUAAAAUGUAUUAUUAUCUAGCAGUUGUUUGCUGAAAUGUUAUUUUUAAAUGCUGUAUGUUCAAUGAUUUUAUUCAUGUAAUGUAGUAUUAAUUACAUCUUUAUGUAACAGAUUUAAUUUAUUUUUAUGUAAGUGUAAACUAGCAUGUUUUUAGUUUUCAGAACUCAUCUGUGCCCCAUAUGUAUUAUACUGUAUCACUCUAAAGACUUUGCAUCAUGUGCAAUAUAAGUGUUUCUAAUUGGACUUUUUCAAUCCAAAUGUGAUUUAUAAGAAAAUAAAAUGAGAAAUAAUA